GUCACCCAAACCAUGCCCAAAAAUACAGGCUGCACGACCAUCCUGGUGAACUUUGUCUUUGGGCAGUGUCGUCGUUAUGCGUUAUAGGGGGAUAGGUCAUCUUAAAAUGUGCAGCAUUCACAAACACUGAAGAAAAGUGCGUCCAAGAAACACAAAACGUGGAAUAUAUCAUGGCCGAAAGUUCAAAUGUAGUGAUCAACUCCUUGGUGCUGUGGGAUGAAGGCGUGACGGCAUACGAUUCUAACGACUUGGAUACUGCAUUGCAAAAGUUCUGGGGAAUUCCGGACCCGUCGGCCAAAGUAUUCUUCAACAUUGGAAUGGUUCACCAAGCAUUAGGAAAUCUUGAUGCAGCUGAGAAGGCUUUUGAAUCGUCACUGACCGUUGAUAAACACUUUGCGAUUGGUCGUUAUCAACUGAGUAUUGUUCAUUACAACUGCCGCAGAUUUAAGGAUGCUGAGAUGUCAUUUAAACACACGCAUGAAAGUCUGAGAGGAAAGAAUUACAUCGAUUACAAACAACUCGGUCUACGCUUCGUUCUCUAUGAAUGUGAGAUUUUACACAAUCUUGCCUUGACAUGUAUUGCUUUGGGUGAGAGACAUAAAUCAUUUGAGUUGAUAAACCGAGCUAUUACUACGGCUGAUAAACAAACCUAUAAGAACAGAUCACAACUUGUAGAAACUAAAAGACUAUUUCAGACUGGACAGAAGGCACGUCUCUUGGACUUACCAAGUGAUGCCAUCUUCAGGCCCCCUAAGUCGAAAACUGCCAACAUUGAAAAACAGGACUACCUGGGGAAAGCAAAAGUCAUAUCAUCAGUGACUGAAAAUGAUAAAGCAACAGGUUUUAUUCCAGUUGUCAAGGGCAAACCACCAGUUCCUACUACAGCAUGGAAUAGUAAAAUGGCAACACCUGCAGAGCCAUUAAACACACAUGUGAUUGUCAAGAUUCAUUUCAACUAUACCUGUGCCAUUAAAGUAAAGCAAGACACUUCUCUCAGCAAUCUGCAGGCUACAGUCUGUAAGAAAUUUGACAGACACCCAGACGAGUUGCAGCUAUGGUAUAUAAUGGAUAAACAGUUGGGAUUGCAGCAGCUUUGUCUAGAAAGUCAGAUUGAUGGGCUAUGGAAACUACUCAAAAACAAAAGACUGACUUUAUGGUGUUAUGAAGCAAAGGAAACCAGCAAGCCAGAUGUAGCGACUAAACAGGUUGUUGCACUCUAUGACUUUACUGGACAACAGGAAGGUGAUCUCAGCUUUAAGCAAGGAAAUAUUAUCACUGACGUCAGGGAGGUUGAUGAAAACUGGUAUGAAGGUCAGCUACAUGGUAACACUGGACUAAUCCCUAAGGGAUAUGUUGAGGAGUGUGCCUUGCCGCCACCACCGCCACCGAAUAAUGCAGAACACAGCUCACUGCGAUCUCCCUCAAGACCUAAAUCUUGGCAUACUUCAACUGAAGAAAGUCCAACAUCAUUUGGAGCAUUGAUGAAGGAAUUGAAGACGGCUACAAACAGGAGAUCAGUUUACUUAGAUGAUAAAUCGUGAUGUUCGCAAACUUACACUCUGAAACAUAGAGCACAUUAGGCACUUGUGGAAUACUGAAUUUACUGAAGAUUGUACCAGUGUUUACCCAGAGAAACAUUAAUAACAUGUAUUAUUAUACAUCUGUCACCAUAA